AAAUGCCAAGCCUAACAGUGGAAAUAGUGGAAAGGACCACAUAACUACUGAUGCAGUCAACGGGCUUCUCCUUCUAAAAGACAUUUUCUGGACUCUUGAGAAGUUAUUAUGAGUAACAUGGCAGUGAAGGAUUUCAUCACCUGGCAUCUGCUGGCUUUGCUUUUAAUUCCAUUUUGCCUGUGUCAAGAUGAAUACAUGGAGGUGAGCAGAAGAUCUAAUAAAGCGGUGGCCAAAGUAUUGCAAAGUCACCACCAGACUGGCCAUAAAGGUUCCAGCAGCAGGGAAAUUUUGGGACAGCGGAGUCAACUUAUAGAGUCGACUAUUGAUGAUAAUAGCACUUCUACAGACCAAAAAGCCCAGAGACCAGAGGUAGACGAUGUAGCACAGACUACCUCAGACAGAGUCCAGCCCCCUCAAAGUGGACCUCAACAGCCAGACUGCAGUAGCUGCUGCCGGGGAGAAUUUGGAUUCCGAGGCUAUCAAGGGCCACCAGGACCUCCAGGGCCUGCUGGAAUGCCAGGAAAUCAUGGAAACAAUGGGAAUAAUGGAGCACCUGGCAAUGAAGGAGCCAAAGGUGACAAAGGAGACAAAGGGGACCUGGGACCAAGGGGAGAUCGUGGCCAUCACGGACCAAAAGGAGAGAAGGGUUACCCUGGGAUUCCACCAGAGCUUCAGAUUGCAUUCAUGGCUUCUAUGGCAACCCAUUUCAGCAAUCAGAACAGUGGGAUAAUCUUCAGUAGUGUUGAAACCAAUGUUGGAAACUUCUUUGAUGUUAUGACUGGUAGAUUUGGUGCCCCAGUGAAUGGGGUGUAUUUCUUCACCUUCAGCAUGAUGAAACAUGAGGAUGUGGAGGAAGUGUAUGUGUACCUCAUGCACAAUGGCAAUACAGUUUUCAGCUUAUAUAGCUACGAAUCAAAAGGAAAAGCUGACACAUCAGGAAACAGUGCGGUGCUAAAACUUGCCAAGGGAGAUGAAGUUUGGCUGCGAAUGGGGAAUGGAGCACUCCACGGAGAUCACCAGCGUUACUCCACCUUUGCUGGGUUUCUUCUUUUUGAAACAAAGUAAAACCAAAAAAAAAAAAAGUGCACUUUUAGGCAGUUUUUUUUCCAAGCUGUUUUCUUUUUUUUCCUCGUCUGUGGCAUAACAUUUCAACAAGGUAGGAUCAGGAAGGCUUAUCCCUGAUGCAUUAUGUUGGUAUUCAUGUAUCAGAAGUGCUGAACACAUUGGGUAAAUGACAUAGAUGUUAUUUCUCUGAAGGUACAUUGUCACUUGGGUUGCACCUAAUGGACCAUUACAUUGUUUCUAUGGGGGGGUGGGGAAGGUUUUUAAGAAAUUAUUUAGAAAGUGGCUUGGGCAGUUUGACCCAAAUUUGGUGUAUAGAUAGAUUAUGUUCAAUAUGUCAGGAACUAUACAAUCCUAAAUUUGUAGUUCUUGAUUCAUUCAUUUAUUCAGUCCUCCAUAGAAAAUGGCUGUGAAUAACUGAGUUGGCUCAGUUUUAGGUGAGAGGGGACUUAGAGGAACAGGCUUAUACUGAACUAGAAAAACUUUUUCAGAUAGAAAAAAUGUGGAAAAAAGGGUAUUUAAGGAUUCAGGUGAUUGCCCCACCCUCUUGAACCUUUUUACGGUGAUGUUGGUGACUUCAGUACAGUUUUCUAGUACAUAUUUACCUGCUUUAGGAAGCAAUGGUAGAUUUCUUAGCCUAAGAGUAGCUCAAGGCAAAAGUUCUUUGGCCUGUGUUAUGUAGUAGGUCAGACUAGAUAAGUUUUCAACCAGGGGUCCAGUCCAGGGCCCCCUGCAGGGCCACAAGCAGGUUUCAGGGCAUCUGCCAAGCAGGGCCGGCAUUA